GUCCUGUGCAUGGCAGCUUCGCCGCCUGCGCAGAUUGUGUCAGGAGGCUCCCGCGCUGGCUUCUGCGCAUGGAUGGAGGAGAUCUCUUCCGAAGCUCAUCAGGCUACAGAGCUCGACUAGAUAUGUCCGUGGCUCUUCCUCCCUGUCCGAAGCGGAGUUGGUACCCGGCGACGGCCGCAGCCAGGCAGACCCCCGAAUCUAUCGCCCCAUGACUGAGACUGUCCGGACCUAUCUAAACCCGGCCCACUUCUUCAUGCUUCUGCGCGCUCAUGGCACGUCCUUCUUUGCGGGUGUGCCGGACUCUCUGUUGAAGGACCGAUCCGACAGCGUCGCCGAGAAUGCUCGGUCCAUCAGAAAGCUGACCUACUACACGCUGGCAGGGACCCAGAAAGUCUACAUGCAAAACCAGCUGCACAAGCUGCCCUCGACAGCAGCAGCCUUGAACUCGGUCUUCAGCAUGCUCUGCUACUUCUGGUGUAUCCCAGGUGGCCUGGUCGCAGACUCUAUCGGUCGUUACAAGACCAUCAUCGGGGCAGGUGCCAUCUAUGCCAUCGGCACGCUUUGUGUGGCUGUUGCAGUAGUUCACGCCUUCCAGACCUCGCUUGGGUGGAUGUUUACCGGUGGAUGCCUCCUGCUCAUCGCAGCUGGCACGGGUGGCAUCAAGCCGAACAUUGCAAACUUCGGUGCUGACCAGAUUGGUGAUGAAACUGAGAGCCAGCGUGAAUGCCAAAAGACUUACUUCUCUCUGUUCUACCUGGCCAUCAACAUCGGGGUUCUGUUUGCCUUUGGAUUCUUCACGAACAUCACCACUGGCGGGCUCCCUGGUGUGGUGUCCCAAAGUGAGGGCUACUCUUUUGCGUAUGGUGCCGGUGCUGUCUUCAUGAUAGCAGCGGUGUUGAUCUUCAUCUCCUUCACUCCAUCUUACCGGCGGCUGCCUGGAAGUGGUCUUGGGCCUGUCAAGCGUUUGGUCCGCUAUCAGUGCCGCUCUCUGCGCGGCGGCGGUUGGCGAGCUGUGAUGUCUGCCAUCGGUUGGCUCUGCUUGCCCUUCUUCUAUGCAGUCACCCUUGCAGCCGUGUUGACUCCCCCGGCGAAAUCUGCCGGCGAGGAGAUCUUGCUGGAUCCAUGCUCUUCUGCGGGUGCCCGCAGGCUUCAUGGAGGGGCGGCCUCCAGCAGCGACACCCUCAACAACACAGCGCUGGCUCUUGGCAGCCUUGCCUGCGUCUGCCUGGUCGUCGCGAACCUAAACACCCAGUGGGUGAAGGAAUUGAGUGACGAAGCGAAGGACGACUUCGGCGUGGAAGAUGCUCGCGCGACCUUUGGGGCGCUUCCCAUGAUUGUCAUUGUGAAUAUUGCUUUCAACCUGUGCUACAACUCUAUGAACAACUUCCCUUCCCAGGCUUGUCAAAUGGACCUCAGAAUCGGGUCGAUGCAGCUGAACGGGGCCUUCUUCAUCAUUGCGGAUGCAUUUGCAAUUUUGGUUUUUACCCCGCUUUUCGAGUCCUGUCUCUACCCUGUGAUUGCUCGGAUGAAAGGAUCACCUGUACGACUGGGCCAAAAGAUCAUUGCCGGUCUUUUGGUGGCCUGUUCUUCCAAUCUCGUCGCAGCCUCCUUGGAGAUUCGCAGGCGUGAUGCACCCUACCUGUGUGAUGCCGAGUUCUCCCAGUGUGCUCCCGGAUACACUGAAGAUGGGUUGCAUGGAACGCGGAUGAAGGACAUCAGCGCUUUCUGGAUCUUCAUGCCCUUCACUUUGGUCGGAAUUGCAGAAAUCCUGGUGAACCCCUGCAUGUACUGCUACUCCUAUGAGGCAGCACCUAUGCAAGUUCGUUCUCUGCUCCAGGCAGUCAACUUGUUCUUCCAAGGAUCCGUCUCCAACGCAUUUACCUCUGUGGUUACAAAGCUCACGUACCCGAAUGACCUGGACUCUGGCCACUUAGAGAACUACUACUACGUCAAUGCUGCCCUGGCAGUGGGAGGUAUUCUCUUGUAUUUCGCCGUCACACGCCGUUGCUGCCACGGCAAAGGGGUGAGGGACGUGAUUAAGAAGGAGGAAGUCAUUGCCGCCAAUGAAGGGACUGCCCUGGCCAUGGCGGCUGGCCACUACCUGGCCACUGGAAGCAUCGCAUGUGUCUAUCUCCAGAACUCGGGAUUAGGGAACACCAUCAAUCCACUACUCUCGCUGUGCAGCAAGAAGGUUUAUGCCAUUCCUGCACUGCUUCUCAUCGGCUGGCGGGGGGAACCAGGCAAGAAAGACGAGCCGCAGCAUCUUCUGCAGGGCGCGCUUACUCCCACCAUGCUGGAGAACAUGGGGGUUCCCUUUGAAAUCUUGCCAGACUACGCCGAAGGUGCCUUCGAAGUCAUCACAAAAGCUUAUGGCCAUAUGGAAAAGGAGAAGGAGCCUUUCGCGCUUCUGGUGAAGAAGGAGACCUUCGAGAAAUACAGGCUUUCGACGCCAAGUUCAGUCUUCGGUGGUGACGAUAUGCUGCACAGGGAG